AUCUGGUUUUACGUGGAAAGAUAAUUUAUUUCAAUAUAAAUGAUUUUAAAUCAGCCAGCGCAGCUURAAGUUCAUCAUUUGGGGUCAUCUCGAUCAACAAUGAAGUUCGCAUUCUUUACAGCGUUAGGUUUUUUUUCUUUGUUCAUCGGUUGUAUACAAGGUCUGCCAAGAAAUUUCCCACCGGCUAUCCGGUGCCCAGCUAGUAUGGUGGUGAAUUCAAUGCAGAGUUCAGAGAUUGUGUGUUGGCCAUUUCCCAAAGCUAAAGACUAUUCCGGUAAACCAUCAUCAGUAACCAAAGUAACGUGCUCGCACAAAGCUGGUUUACAACUGAAAACUCCAAGUACAACCACUAUCAAAUGUGUUGCUAGAGACGCAGCCGGGAAUUGGAACUCUUGCAGUUUUAGCAUUGACGUUAGAGAUAUCGCUCCACCCAAGAUAAGCUGCCCUGCUAAUCAGGAAAUCAACACUACUGGUUCGUCAAGUACUAUCCGAAUCAACUGGAAAAACCCUAAGGUAUCUGACAAUUCAAAYAUGCCCCCCAGGAUUAAAUCGUCUCUUCAACCCGGCUCAUUGUUCCAUAGUCCAGGCGUUUACACAAUAUCAUACCAAGCGAUCGACGCCUCGGCAAACCGGGCUACAUGCUCCUUCACCAUCAAACUUACAGUCCCUGAUUGCAAAUUAAAGAUUCCUCCUCCAGUUAACGGUGCUGUAGCUUGUUGGAAUAAUAAAGGAAACAACAUAUGCACAGUUUCAUGUAACAGCAAUUUCGACUUUGCCUUCAAGCCAUCAAGGAUUUACGUCUGUUCCCGUGGGACGUGGCGCGCAUUUAGUAUAUUAGGUGGAAGCAUUAGUGCCAAGUGGCCAGACUGUUCAGUCAAAUCCCCAGGAAUGAAAACGAUGCCAGUGCAAUUCUAUUACACAGGAGAUUCCAAAGAUCCCAAUGUCAUUGCUCAAAUCAAACAAAAUACUCUCGCAGUACUCCGAUCUCCAUACUUUCCGCCAUUCUUCUGCACGAUGUAUCCAAACUGCAAUGUCCAAAAUAUCCAAGUUCAUGCCGCCAAGAAAUCAACGACAUGAUUCCAUGUUCUUGCUUACUCUAUUUACAGUUCCAAGCGCCAUAUUGAAAGGUAACCAAAAAGCCUUUGCAUCAAAGCGAGACGCAACUGUUGAGCCUGCAGUGAAUACCCUUUAUUCUCAACUAAGACAAUUAUUCAAUGGUCAAUCUAUCGUUGCAAGCUCAACUUCUGUUUCGCUUUGAUGGGCAAAGGUUUGGCUACCUUUCAAGAUGGCGCUUUGAACUGUAUGAAGUAUAGAUAUUAAAUGAAAAUGGAAAAGGCGAAAUUAUUGAUUAACAUAUAAAAGUGUCGGUGAUAAUCAACUGUAGCGGGUUAUUAUUAGUCUAAUAAAGCAUAAAUCUUUGGUUGCAAAAUUCUUUCUUAAUUUUUUUU